AUGCUUCCUGUAAUACUCGUUUUGGGCGUCUCUGUUCUUUUACACACAAAAGCUGAACAACCGCGAUUAGACUGCCAUCCAGAACCAGGAACAAAUCAAGACGAAUGUAAAAAGAGAAAAUGCAUCUGGAACGAAACUGUGGUACACUAUGGCCAAUUAAAAAUUUUACAUUAUAAUAGUCCGUGUAUCAUGUACGAGCCUGAUAUAAAGAUGGUAAAAGAAGAGAUGACGGCUACAGAACACUUCAACAUGGAAGUUUCCAAUAACAGCGAAUCAAUUUUUUCAUUUAAAAUAACACGUCCAUCUACAAAAGCGGUUAUCUGGGAUACAUCUAUCGGUAAAGAUAUAUUAUAA